UUUUUGUUGUUGUUGAUCAUGUUCUAAGCUAUGUCAUCUCCACGAAAAUCGGAAAAAAAUUGCAGGUCUUCCCGAGACAAAGACAAGGAAGACAAAGAAGACGAGGAAAAAGGUGGAUUCGUUCAUAAAGUUAAGGACUUCAUCGAAGAUGUUGGUGAUAAAAUUGAAGAAAAAGUAGGAUUUGGGAAACCAACUGCAGAUGUUACUGCAGUUCAUUUCCCUCAUAUCAAUCUAAAGAAGGCAGAAAUAGUAGCAGAUGUGUUAGUGAAGAAUCCAAAUCCCAUUCCAAUCCCUCUCAUCGAUAUAAAUUACUUGAUCGAGAGUGAUGGAAGGAAACUGAUCUCAGGUUUGAUCCCUGAUGCUGGAACAAUUCAUGCACAUGGUUCAGAAACUGUGAAAAUACCAGUGAAUUUGGUAUAUGAUGAUAUAAAAGAUACGUAUCGUGAUAUAAAGACUGGAAGUGUUAUUCCUUAUCGGAUAAAAGUAGACCUCAUUGUUGAUGUACCUGUUUUUGGUAGACUUACUCUACCUCUUGAGAAAAAAGGCGAGAUUCCUAUACCUCAUAAGCCCGAUAUUGAUGUUGAGAAAAUACAUUUUCAGAAAUUUUCUUCUGAAGAAACAAUAGCUGUUCUUAAAUUGAGACUAGAGAACAAGAAUGACUUUGAUCUCGCGGUUAAUGGACUUGAUUAUGAUGUUUGGUUAUCUGAUGUUAACGUUGGUGGUGCUGAUUUAGAGAAAUGUGCGAAGAUUGGGAAGAAUGGAGUCAGCUAUAUGGAUCUUCCUAUUACUUUCAGGCCGAAAGAUUUUGGUUCUGCUCUUUGGGAUAUGCUUAGAGGGAGAGGAACAGGCUAUACCAUGAAAGGUCAUGUUAACGUGGACACGCCAUUUGGUGCAAUGAAGUUACCAAUUAGUAAGGAGGGUGGAACAACGCGUCUUAAGAAGAACAAAGAAGAUGGUGGAUCAAAUGAUGAUGACGAUGAAAAUGAGGAUUAAUGAAGUUGGAAGAGGAAUAUUAACUUCUUGAGGUCCCAAAAAUAAUUGUUGAUUGAAGGCAUGGUGGUGAAAUUAAUAUUAUUUUGCUAAAGGGACUAAUUGGUUCAUUUUUCUUAUCUUCUAUUUCUCCAUGACUUCUUAUCUUUUGCCAUAACAUAUUGGAAUAAUCAGGAGUAUAUCGAGUCGGAUAUGAAUCGGAUAAAAAUAGAUAAAAUAUUCGAUUCUACUUAAUAGGAUGAAAAUGGGUGAACUCAAUGGAUACUAUGGGAUCCAUAUUACGGACAUUAUGUAUUUUUUAUGUAGAGAAAUAUGUACUUCAAUUACAAUAUUUUA